AUGGUCAAGGCCAACCGAGCUACCUUCGCGGGGCUUAAGUUCAAUGGGGACCCGAACGACUUCCAGCGAUGGAAAGACGCCGUGGUCGCACAUCUCGCGAACAACACCAACAGCCUCGAGGUCUCUGAGAUUCAAGCCGGGAGGACCGCGCCCCGUCACGGGUUCCAGGAUUUGCUCCUGGGCCCUGCCCAUAUCGUGGCUCUGCUGGGCGAGGUGGAUUCCUACAUAAAGGACAUCUUCAACCAGACCCUGCCUCAUUCAUACAUGAAUCAGCUGAGUACACCACUCUCCGCGCAAACGGUUGCGGCGUUUUGGCAGCAACUUGAGGUUGACCUUGGGAAGUGCGUCGCUAUGGGCAUGGGCAAGAAACUCUACGUGUGCACUUUGCUGCCAAGUCGGCUGAUGGUUGGGAUGGUGCUUGCACUACUACCGGGCUAUCUUUGGGGACCUAGCAUCACCUUCUCGCAGGAGGAAUUCACCCUGGAGAAAAUUGAAACAAAGAUGAGCUUAAUCUUCGGCAAUAAGAGUAAGAUCGAGAUUGAGGCGAUGGACAAGACGACUCAGCGCCCGGUUGAGAUCCCGGUCAACUACGCUGCCAGAGGAAUGGCUAGCACAAAGAAGGGACCGAUGAAGAAGUCUGACAAGCGCAAGGCGAUGCCUCUGCCGAUGGACGAUGAGCGCGUGAACGCCUUCUUCUACUACAACGGCGCAAUCCUCUCCAACGAAUUCGAUAACGAACCGGCUGCCGGUUCGUUUUCGGGAUACUAUGGUUCACAAUACGUUCAACAAUCCAGCGUGUUGAGCCGCGGGCGUCGCGGAUCGGAGGCGGCGAUGGUGGGAACACGCCCCCGGUAUGGUCAACCUGGGGUUGACCUUGGCCCGACGCUCGAGGAGCAGGUUGCUGCUGUGGAACAGCAUCAGAGCCGGGAGUUCACCGCUCUGAAGCAGGAGGUGGCGAUCCUGAGAGCUCAAGCCGCUCAGGGUUCGCAGACGGCAUCGGACAUCUCUGUCGACGUGGGAGGUUGCGUCGCACGCUUGGCCCAGCGCGUAAACGCGCUGGAGCAGAGAUUCGCUCCCGCUGGUAUCAAUGUGGCCGAGUUGAUCCCGUUCCAUGCAGUGCAACGGAAUGCGAGCGAUCCUCCCCAGUAUAUCUAA